GUACCCCCAGUUCAAAUCUAAACGCCGAUCCGUCAGGACCAGCCUCGCGUGUCUCUGCUCGACUUUGGGCGCGCGUCGCGACACACUACACGGAACUACGUUAUGGGCAACAUCGCCGGGGGCUCGAAGAUCUUCCGACAGAAUCGCCAACGGUCACCGGGAAUGUCGCACUGAUCCCGCUCGUUUGUCCGCUCCUUGUACUCGCGCGUCGUCGUCGUCCUGUCUUUCUCUCGCUUCCUUGGAAGAGCACACUGCUCGCGUUGUCGCGACGCGUGCACCCAAACCUAUCCACCCCUUCGUCCCACACCGAUAACAAUCGAUCAUCUGUUUUACCGGUCGCCAUCCAUCUCUCUCUAUCUGUCACUCUCUCUCUUCCUGUUUGGUCCAGAGAGCGAAUGGUGCGUGUACGUGUGUGCGAAAUACGCGUCUGCUGCCACGAGGAGGGUGCAUUGUUACCGACAGAGACGGACAAAGACGGGAACACGUAGUUCUUAUGUUUUCGCGAGCAACGUGGGAACCCGACCGCAUUGUUGUAAGCACCGUGCAUCGCCGGUAAGAGCCCCGUGCCCGCGACUAUGAUUGCCUAAGGAUAUCUCGGGCCACGUGUUUUCGUAUACGAGUAAUUAUCGCGGCUCCCACCGAACGGACCCCGGCGCGCGCGCGUUCACGUCAGAAGAAUCCCAACGAUGGUUUACGGCGUAACCACGUGAAAACCGCGCUCGGAAAGACAGCGAGGAGGGUUCGAGAGAUUCUUUCGGACCGAGACUCGGGCGACCGUACCGGCCAGAAAACCUGACCGCGAGUUUUCCUGGAACACUACCCCACGAGAGAAUGGAUGUAGUGUCGAAUGGACUGCUCAUGCCAGCGAAAGUACUGGAUAUUGGUGCCUACCACUCGUCGUUCUAUUCGCCGCCACCGACCGAGGCAUCGCGAUCUGGGUACGAUUCUAGUAGCGGUGGCGAUUCUGACAUCGAGUACAGUGGCAGCGUCUGUCGUGGUGCCGCUAGCCAGUCGCAGAAUCCGGCCGCUACGAACGCGGGCGCACAAGGCCAGGGAAAGCACAUAAACAAAGGAAGGUGGACCAAGUUGGAGGAUGCUUUGUUGAAACAGUUAGUGGGCAGCGUGGAACAGCGGGGCACCGUGCUGCGAUGGGACACCAUAGCCGCUCAUUUCACAGAUCGAAGCGACGUCCAAUGCCAGCAGCGAUGGGCAAAGGUCGUGAAUCCGGAGCUGGUCAAGGGACCCUGGACGAAGGAGGAGGACGAAAAAGUGGUAGAAUUGGUGGAGCGAUACGGGCCGAAGAAGUGGACGUUAAUUGCACGGCAUCUGAAGGGUCGUAUCGGUAAGCAGUGCCGGGAACGAUGGCACAACCAUCUGAACCCGGGAAUCAAGAAAACAGCGUGGACGGAGGCGGAGGACAGGAUCAUCGUCGAGGCGCACCGCAGAGUGGGCAAUCAGUGGGCGAAAAUCGCCAAAUUGCUGCCCGGAAGGACCGACAACGCGAUUAAGAAUCAUUGGAACAGCACGAUGAGGAGGAAAUACGAGGCUGAAGAAGGAAGAUCCACUACCGGAACCAGAGGGCGAAGUCGAAGAAAAGCCACGGAGCCGUCAUCAGCCGCUCCGAAACAGGACACCCUCUGCGCAAAAGACGACGUAUCCGGUCACGCCCGCCUAAAACUGCCGUCCACGAGCAACGAGAACGCGACGACGAUUCAACCGACCGUCCAGGCAUCGAAUGCUCUGGACAUGGACCAGGUCGACUGGACCAGAGCCUGGGAGAAUCAUCAGAACACUCAGACGUUCCAGGGUCUUCUGAAUCUGAAUGACCGCAGCACCCAUAACGCUGAUUCUCGGUUGGACUCUCCCUCGAAGAGGGCCAGCUCGUCUGUUAAAGUCAAGACUGAACCAAUAUCGCCGUUUACAAAGUUUUUCGAUUUACAAAUCCAAGGCGAGGCGGCCAACUCGAGGAACUCUGAAAUCAGACUGAUGCCCAUGCCGGACCUGGACGAGAUAUCAAGCAGUAUGGCGGAGAAGGAGCGAAGCAGUCCCCCGCCAAUUCUACGCAGGCGCAGAAAUACUCAGACCCUUCAGCAGAGAACCGACACCCCCGACAGCGGGAACCAAUCCGAUUAUCUGAUAAUAACCCAACAGCAACCGCAACAACACCAGCAACAGACGGACGACACAACCCCAUCCACUCCCAUUAAGCAGCUCCCGUUCAGUCCAUCACAGUUUUUAAAUAGUCUCAGUCCCGAAACCUCUUCCUGGCCCCGUGCCAGCACACCUAAAGCGAGCAGCCCCGGACCAUUAACCACACCGCAGCCCACCGGUCUUCGACGAAGUCAGAAUGAUGGCAACACGCCGAGAACGCCAACGCCGUUCAAGAACGCUUUGGCAGAGCUGGAACGGCGGAGCGGCGCGACUACUCAGUUACCUGCUACCCCGAGUCGUCUCGAUGCUUUAACCGAGAUCAUCAAACAGGAAACCGACCGUGAAAGCUUAGCAGGGACCAGCACUAUCCUCCAAGAUUCUGGUUACAGCACGAUAAGACGGCGGGGUAAAGAGAACAGCGCUCCUGGCGGAAAGAGAGCGCGGAAAGCUCUCUGCCAAGCCUGGGCGAAUGCUUCUCAAGAUAAUUCAGAAAUUAGUUUCGUUGUAGAAACACCCAGUAAAAGUCUGGACACGUCUGUAUUAUUUUCCCCGGCAUCAAUGGCACUGGAGGAUAGUUUCUUAACAGCAGGGACUAGUCCCGUAAAGACUUCCCACGACUUUGCGUCCGUACAGCGGAAGCCUAACGCCAAGAGAGCGAUCACGUUCGAAGCGUUCGACAGUCCCUGCUGUAUCAUCAGCCCUCUGCCACUCAGGCCAGUCAAACGCCCCAAGUUACAGUUGGAGGCGCAAUGGACGACAGUGGCCUGCGGGCGAACGCGCGACCAACUCGAUAUGACCCGAGCUGCCCGUCGAUUCCUCAGCAGCCACGGUUACCUGCCGCUGCGUCCACGAUUUCUGAAUUUCUGAGAGCGUUUCCACGGCCGUAGGGAUCGUCCCCCGCGGUCGCCCUUCGUGGUACAAAAGAACAAAAAUGCGACGCUGAGCUAGUCGUAGUUUAAAACUGUGCGGCGCUUCCGUUUAAGGAAUAUGGCCUUCUGUGUUUUCUUUCCAUCGGGUUAUGAAUCGAUCGGACGGGUUUUAAGGAAGAAGCAAAGAUCGGUAUAGAAAUCUAUUAGGAAAUUUUAACACAGACUGUACCGCGACACGCUAUGCAUCGAGGUGUAUUCGCAUUGUGCGGGUGUGAUGACGGAUCGGCGCUACGGUCCGAUCGAUAUCGAUUGAUUGUAAAGUCGUUGAAUCUAUGUUUUUUACUCGGAUAUACUCUAAUAUAAGACUACUUCUUAGGGGCAAGAGAAUGGGAGAGAACGUUGUAAUUGAUUGUACAGAAAAGUAUAGCAUAUUUGAUGUCGAUCGGAUCGCACGCGCGCCGACGCACAGCGUGUAUGGUGCAGUCAGAUUUCGAAAGAAUCACGGUGCAACCGAUAUUGCAUCCAAAAAGAAGAGGAAAUGUCGCGUGCUUUCGUUCACAUUCACAGUGUGUCCACGUUGGAACGCGGACGAACCACCGAAAACCGAAAGCAAAGCAGAAGACGCUUCUACCUUUUUUUUCUAUAUGGGUGACAGAGAUUUUGCUGUAAGAUGCGCGUGCAUCAUGAAACGAAGAAAAAAUGCGUUUUUAAUGAGGAAACGCUUUGUUUACGUCGUUGAAUAUAAUUGGUCGCGCUUCGUUAACGAAGAGCAAGCAAAUAUAUUUUGUUGUUAAAACGAUGUCAAUCUAUGUUAAGAAAAUCGAGUUUUUUUUCGCGAAUCAUGAGAACUUUACUCAUGAUUGUAUUAUCGACGAUUUAUCGGAAAGGAAAUAUUAUGGUUGAGAGCGUGUAAGAUUAGGGAUCAACGAUUUACGACUUGGUAGAGCAAAAGUAGACGGUCAACGAAGAUAAAAGAAUGAAUAAGAAACAAUAGGGUGUCGAUACUGUUUUACCGAUACCUUUUUAAAAUGACCUACCCCUUGCUUUGCCAAGCGAUACCGGGACGUGUCCUCGUUGCACGCACAUUUGUAGCACGAUCUCUCUUGUCACCCGUGCACAAAAGCACAAGGAUGAACGAAUGAAAUAGUAGCUGGUUUGUUUGAUACAAUAGUAUGUAUUAUAUUAUAAUAUAAAACAAAAGCAUUAUUGCGGCCGUUAUGUACAAAGAGCCUUUGUAUCUGGUAUUUAAUUUACAACUGAAUAAUAAAGACGUGAUGAGAAUCACACCAAAAAAGA